GCCAUGUGAAUAAAAAUCAGUUUCAUUGUCUUGCUUGAAGUUUUAAAAUUGAAAAUCAGUUGCGAAUGAGCCAAGUGAGUGUGCAGUCAGAUAACGUGUGUGAUAACCCGGAAGGAAAAAAACAAAAAGAGUGCAAAACAGUAGAAUAAAUAUAUUUACGACGAUUUAAGAUAAGUUGAUCAUUUAUAACCGCUUUAAUAGUCUAAAAAUUUAAACGCGAUGAGCAGACGUAGAAUUGAUGCAGAUAGCGACUGGGAGCACAAUGAAGAAAUUCAAAUAUUUCGCGAAUAUUUGCGUAUACCCAGUGUACAACCGGACGUUGACUACACACCAUGUGUUGAGUUCCUGAAAAAACAAGCCAAUAGCUUAGACUUGCCUGUGGAGGUGUAUCAUCCAGGAGGGCCGAAUAAACCAAUAGUCAUCUUAACAUGGCUGGGGCGUAAGCCGGAACUACCGACGAUCAUGUUGAACUCGCACAUGGAUGUUGUACCAGUUAGUGCCGAGAAGUGGUCACAUCCGCCAUUUGCUGCUGAGAUGGACGAGGACGGUCGUAUAUUUGCGCGUGGUGCUCAGGAUAUGAAAUGUGUAGGCAUGCAAUACUUGGGUGCGAUAAGAGCGCUGAAAAAGAAGGGUAUAACGCUCAAGCGUACCGUGCAUGUGACUUUCGUGCCAGACGAAGAAAUAAGCGGUAAACUUGGCAUGAAAUGUUUUGUACAAACGGAACAAUUUCAGAAUCUAAACGUCGGCUUUUGUCUAGACGAAGGCGUCGCAAAUCCAAAAGACGAAUAUUUAAUAUUCAAUGCAGAGAAAACUAUUUGGUAUGUGAAAUUCAUUAUAAAUGGCACAACUGGACAUGGAUCAAUGUUGCAUAAAAAUACUGCAGCAGAAAAGUUCCAUUUCAUACUCGGUAAAAUGUUGGGUCUGAGACAAAAGGCAGAGAGUGCCUUAAAAGAUGAUCAAACACUUGGUCUCGGCUAUGUGACUACGGUUAAUCUAACUGUAGUGAAGGGUGGCAUACAGAAUAAUGUUUUGCCACCUGUGAUUGAAGCCACAUUCGAUCUACGGUUGGCUGUAGACGAAGAUCUUGUAGGUUUGGAAAAACAGCUUCGCAAUUGGUGUAAGGACGCUGGCGGUGAUAUUAAUAUAGAAUUUCCCACAAAGGAUGAAAAGAUUCCUCCCACUUUACUAAAUGAUACGAAUACCUUUUGGAUUGCAAUGAAAAAAACGUUGGAGAAACUUGAUGUAAAAUUUCACACGGAUGUCUUACCCGGUGUCACUGAUAAUCGUUAUGUUCGUAAAUUGAAUAUUCCAGCUUUGGGCUUCUCUCCAAUGAUAAAUACACCUAUCUUGCUGCAUAAUCACGAUGAGUACUUGGGAGCGGAUACCUACUUGAAGGGCAUCGAGAUAUAUGAAUAUAUAGUGCCAGCUUUGGCGAAUUCUUAAAUAAUCUACUUUUCGUCUUUUUAGUAUUAUUAUUACAUAAUGAACGAUAUUAAAUAUAUUUUCAUCAAACUUA